AUGAAAUAUUUAAUAGUAGGGAAAGAAGUUGUUACAAAAAAUGUUCAAACAAAAAAAAGAAAUUUUUUAUAUUUUUUUAAAAUAAAUAGUUUUAGUAGUACGGGGGCUAUUAAAAAUGAUAGUAUAUUUGAUUUGAUUGCAAAAAAAAAAAAAAAUAAUAAUAUACCAUGGGAUCAGAAUAACUUUAUAAAAAAUGUAGAAGGGAACAUACUUUGUAAAAAUGAAAAAAGAAAAAGUGUAGAGUGUGAUAUAAAAAAUGAUCAAGAGAUAAGACAAGAAACAGAUAAUAUGAUUAAAAAAGGAAUAGAUAGUUGUUUAGAAUAUUCGGAAGACGAUAUUUAUAAUAAUAAGGUAUACCUUUUAAGAUAUGCAAAACAUUUAAAUGAAAAUGAUGAUAUAUAUAAAUAUCGAUUUAUUACAAAAUAUGUAAUUAAAAAUAUAACAAGAUAUUAUGAUAAUGAAAUAUUAUUUAUAUUAAAAAUAUUUGCAAAAAAAAAAUAUAAAAAUUUAAUUUUUUUACAAUGUACAAGCGAAUAUUUUUAUUGGUUAUGUAAAUUAAAUAAAGGCAAUAAAAAAAAUAUAUCCUACUAUUUAUAUUAUUGCUCCCUUUUAAAUUAUAUACCAACAUUAAAAUAUGUAGAAGAAUAUAUAAAAAUAUUUGACACCUUUAUAUCUCUAGCUAAUUUAAAUCAACAAACAACCACCAACAAUUUACACACUUCUCUUAAUCCAUAUUUCAAAAAAUUUUCAACUAGUACUACACAGUUUGUAUAUGGAAGAAUGGUUGAAGAAGAAACAGACAAUUAUCAUAAAGACGUAAAAUAUAUUAUAUAUGUUGUACAUUUUUUAAAUAAAGCAAAUAUAAAAAAUGAAAUAUAUAAUAGGUUGUUAGACAUGUGUUGUUAUUAUGCUACCCACUUGACAUUACAUAAAAGUUUUUUAUUAUUGAAUGUGGUUAUUGUAAAUAUAGAGAAUAAUAUUUAUAAUUUUUCAAAUAUAAUUAAAAAUAUUCAUAAAAAUAUAGAAAGACAUAUAAAUAUAAUGGAUCAAUCUUAUUUUAUAAAAUAUAUAAAUAUAUUAUUAUAUAAUAAUAUAAAAAUAGAAAAUAGUUUUUUUUUAUUUAUUAAAAAAUAUAUGGAAAAAUAUCAAACCGAUUUAUCAGCUAAAUCUAUACUAGCUAUUUUAAAAAUAAAAAAAAAAAAAAAUUUUAAAGACACAAACAUUUUAAAAAGUAUUUUAACUAUUGUUAUUAAAUCUUUUUAUCAAUAUACUUAUGAUAAUAUAUUAUACAUUAUAAAAGUAUUAACUUUUUUCAACCAUUUUGAUGAAACUUUUUUUAAUUUUAUUUUUGACAAAUAUAUUCAAAUCAAUUAUUUAACUCCCUACCAAACAAAAAAUGGAUCUACAACUCCUUAUCAGUCACAACCCAUUGCGUAUGCUAGUUUGGAAAAAGGACACUCACAAAUAAGUGACAACCAUAACUCAGCCUUUGAUCAUAAAAAUGUAAGUUCGCAAAAGGUGUCGUAUGACAAGUUAGGAGACACCUAUAUAACAGUUCAAGACAAAAAAAGUGAAAAAAAAAUAAACAGCUUAUCACAUUUACCACUACAUUUAAAUAUCCAAGAAACAAGACUAAAAAUAAAUCCUUUAAAUAUUGUUAAUAAUGAAAUAGUGAGUCAGAAUAAAAUGAAAAGUAAUAUCCCAUUCAAUUUUGAAUAUAUAGACAUGUAUAUAACCCUAUUUAUAUAUAUGGGAAAAUGUUAUUACCGUGAUAUUUUUAAAUUAAAUGAAUUGUCUCGAAGAAUUAAAUUUUAUUUGCUUUAUUCAAAAGUGUCUAAAUAUAAUAAUCGAUUAGAAAAAAAUAAUAUACAAAUUUUAAAAAAAAAAGAAAAUCAAUAUAUUGGCUUUUUUCAUAUCAUAAACAAAAUUAAAGAGAAUGCAAAUUCAAAUUUAAAGCUUGUAGACAAAACAAAAGGAUCAAUUUCAUUGCCCAUCAUACAUACAGAAAAAACUACUAAAUUAUCUCGUCAACCUUGUAAAGAACUCAACAAAUAUUCGACACGAUCUAAUGAUUAUAAACAGUCUAAUAAACUAACUAAAGAAAAAACUAAAGGAUGUCUCCAUUUUAGUUAUAGAGAAAUAGAAAAAAAUCGUUUGGAAAAUUUAAAAAAAAAAAAAAAAAAUAAUAAUGAUACUACAAAUAAGCCAAUUCCUAAUACUAAAUAUAUGAAUGUACAAUGUUUUAAGGAAAGUAAAAUUAGAAUACCAAAUGAAGUUAAUCAUGAUUUAACAAAAGAAUUAUAUAAUAAAAACAAAAAGAAAAAUAAUAUGUGGAACAAUUUUAUAUUAAAAUAUUUUUACGGUUUUCAUCCUGCCUUUAUCCGUCUCUACAAUAGAAAGCUGUUCAGCAGGCACUUCAACGAACUAUAUAAAAGUGAAAAAUAUACGGAGAAAUCAGUUUGCAGUGGUGUUGCUAAAAAUCGGAGUAAAAAAAAUAUACAAGAUAAAAGAGGAUCAAGUAUGAAAAAGUAUAAAAAAAUAAAAAUUUUAAAAGGUGUGUGCAUGGUAAAAUAUAAAAAUAUAUUUAAAAAUAAAUCAAAUAUUAUAUCGAAUUAUAUAAAUAAAAUGUAUGAGUGCAAACCUGACGAUUCAGAAAAAUAUACAGGGAUACUUGACAUGAUUUCAAAAUCUAAUCAAAUUCAUGUUGAUGAUUUUAUGUUUAUGAAUAAUGAAAAUGAGCAAAAUGAAUUUAAUAAUAUGUCAAUAUAUAAAAGAAAAAUAAUAAACAAAUACAACAGUCUUAUUUAUAAUAGUAUUAAAAGUGUACGUAAAGAAUAUUUAGAAAAUCAAAUUGAAAAUAAUAAAACAUAUGAUAGUGAAAAUAUAAAUUGUAGUAAAAAUUAUAUAAUUAAAUGGGUUUACAGAUUUAUAAAUAAUUUUUACAUUUUUAAUGAGAAUAAAAAAAUUGAAAUAAAAGAUAGAGAUAUUCAAAAAGUGGCUACCUAUUUGUCUAACCAUUACACUGAAAAGUUUCUACAUACCAAUAGUAGUAUUAAUGAAAAAAUAAAAAUAAGUUUGAAAAAUAUUUCUUUAUUUUCAUCUUCUUUAACAAAUCUAUAUUUUUAUGAUAAAGACUUUCUUGAUGUAAUAAUAAAUGAAGUUUUAUUUUUGAUCAACAUAUUUUAUAAUUUACAAAAACAAGAAUGUCAAAUAAAAAAGUCAGACCAAAUUAUCAAUGAUAUUGACAAGGAAAACUGGUUUGUAACCCAUUUUGUAGAUAUAUAUAAAUUUUUAAUAAUAUGUUUACAAACAAAUAAUUUUAUAAAAAACAUUUUAGAAGCAGAUCAACGAUAUCAAACAUUGGAACAGUUGAUAAAAAUUUACACACAUAAUUAUUAUACUUACAAUUUAAAUUGUGUUGUAAAUAUUUGUAGAUAUAAUAUUGAUACUACUUAUAUAAGUUGCAACGCUAAAAAUGUUGAAAAUUAUAUUAACAAUAUGAACAACAAUAAUUAUAAAGAUGAAUUAUCAGAUUUAGUUUAUUUUUAUACAACUUAUUUUGAUCUCUCAAUAUUUGUUAAUUCGGUUUAUCUCUUUAGUAAACUAUUAUUUAUAAGUAUUCAUAAUAAUUAUUAUAAACAAUUUAAUAAAAUAUAUGGUGAUUGUCUAAAUAAAUUUGCAUAUAAAAUAUCGGAAGCAUAUUUGAGUCAUCUACACAUUACACAAGUUAACAAUUUAAAGAAUAUAUCAUCAAGCCAAUUGCCACUCCAAUCUUAUUCGUACAAUAAUAAUUUAAAUACAUAUUUUACAUGCAUUAAUUUUUAUAUUACUUUUAUGGCUCACCAAUUUUGGAAUUUAGAGGGGAUCAGAAAAGAGGAAUUAAAGGAUACCACUUUACAAAUAGAACACAAUAAUUAUGAUGAACAAGUAUGUGAAUUUAAUUUUGGAAGAGAAAAUAUGGAUGAUCCUAUAAUUACUAAUACGACUACAACAUUUGCUAACAAACACAAUGUCCUAAAACAUGAUGGAAGUAAAAAUGAAGAAAUAAAAAAUAUUUCUCAUAUAUAUAAAACAUUAAAUAUAUUUUUUAAAUAUAUAAAAUUUGUAAGGAAUAAUAAUUUUUUAAUUGACCCAAAUAGUUGCAACAAAUAUUUUUAUCACGUUAUUCAAUUUUAUUAUCUUUUUAAAACCCAAUUUAGAAAAAUGAAAAUAGAUUAUAUAAAUGAACAAAAUUACCAUCAAAUAUUUCCUUUAUUUUUUAUAAAAAUAUUGAAUAAAAAAAAUAUUAAAGAAAUAUCAAUAAGUCAAUCUUUUUUUAUGGAAAAUGAUCUAAAAAAAUGUUUACCAAAUCAAGAUAACUAUUUUAAAAAUGACUUUAUUUACAAUUAUUUCUAUACCUUUUUUUUCAAAGAAAAAGAAUAA